CCCCCUUGGCGUUUCCGCUCUCUAAAUGCCCAUUCUGUGUGGGUUCCUGAUUCUCUGUGGGUUCUUUCCUGCAGAGGACAAUUCUCUUCCUGUUCCAGCCUAAGCCUGGGGGGCUGAGCCCAGGGCUUCAGUGGUUUGUGCCCUAGCCUCAUGGGUGGAAUGCGUCUGCCACCCCCAGGCUAGACGAGGGGGCUAAGGGUCAGGGUGGGCAUUUGUUGCACCCCUUUUCGACCUUUGUAGGCCUGAGUUGGGUGAGGGGCUGGACAAUGAGCCUCCUCUUCCUUAAAAGAAGGAAUUUUGGUGGAGACAAUAGGGCCCUGUCUGCUCUGGCAUGGGGGGCGGUGGCUGACUCAACUCUGCCCCCCACCCCCAGGCCCUAACAAAUGUCAUCAUCAAAUGGGGGCAAUUUCCCCUUAGUGCCAUGGGCUUCCCACCCCCCCCCCCUUGUCCCUUUGUGACGAUUUGCCCUCCUUUCUUUCCUCAUUGAAUCUUGCCUCUUCUCCCAUGACCUGACCCUGCUUUUCUCUGCCAGCUCUCUCUCCCUGUUCCUCAGUUCUCCCCGAGUCUGUGUUGGGUUGAGGGGUGUGUCAAGAGCCAGGGGUACUGGUGGUGUUACAGAGCUGGUAGCCUCUGCUGAUCUGGGGAGUCCAGAAAUAAGGGGGUUCGUAGAGUUUGGAAUUUACUUCUAGGGGGCCCUUUGCUGGGGUGGUGGUGAAGGUAGUGGGACUUAGACCCAUGGAGCUGAUCAAGCAGGAGCUGUGAAGGAGGCUUGUGGGAGGGGGCAGGGAUGGGAGGAUUCUGUCUGGCCCAGCCCCUCCUCUCCUUUCCAGCCUGCCCAACCCGCCCACCAGUCUGAGCUGCUGUUGCUGAGGCUGGUCUGCUGGAAGUCUCCGGGAGAGAGGGAAAGACAGCCUGCAGUUUGGAGUCAAGGAGAAUCAUGGGGUCCAGGGAUGAACCGUGCAGUCUCUUAGGCGGACUCUCCUUCCUCCUGCUACUGAUGUCAGUCCAGGGGGCCAAGGGUGGAUCCCUCAAAGAGAGCCAGGGGGUCUGCUCCAAGCAGAUGCUCGUGGUCCCCCUCCAUUACAACGAGUCCUACAGCCAACCAGUGUAUAAGCCCUACCUGACCAUGUGUGAUGGAAGACGCAUCUGCAGCACCUACAGGACCACAUACCGUGUGGCGUGGAGGGAGGUGAGGAGGGAGGUGCCGCAGACCCACGUCGUGUGCUGCCAGGGCUGGAAGAAGCGGCAUCCAGGGGCCCUCACCUGUGAUGCCAUUUGUGCCAAGCCGUGUCAGAACCGAGGCGUCUGCGUUAGGCCAGAGCAGUGCGAGUGCGCCCCAGGCUGGGGUGGGAAGCACUGUCAUGUGGACGUGGAUGAAUGUAGGACUGGUGUUGCCCUCUGCUCGCACCGUUGCCUCAAUACCGCAGGCAGCUUCACUUGUGGCUGUCCUCAAGGCCUGGUGCUGGGUCUGGACAGGCGCACCUGCACAGAGGGCGCCCCGGAGCCCCCAACUGGUGCCAACAUCCUCAGUGUGGCAGUUCGGGAAGCAGAACAAGAUGAGCGUGCCCUGAGACAGGAGAUUUGGGAGCUUCAAGGGCGCCUGGAGCGGCUGGAGCAGUGGGCAGGUCAGGCCGGGGCCUGGGUCCGAGCCAUGCUGCCCAUGCCACCUGAAGAGCUACAGCCGGAACAGGUGGCAGAGCUAUGGGGCCGUGGCGACAGGAUCGAGUCUCUCAGCGACCAAGUGCUGCUGCUGGAGGAGAGGCUAGGUGCCUGUAAGUCCUCAUGCCCUUCUCUGCUUGAAUCCCCAUCCCCAAUAGCUGCCCCCAGCUCUCCUGGACACCCUUCCCUGGUUCACUUUUCUCUUUUCCCCAAACCCUUCCCCAACACUCAGUCUCCGCAUACUCCUCAGAUACCCAUAUUUCACCCCUUCUUCUGGUACCCUGUCCCCAGUCCACUUAUUGUUGGGUGAGAGUGUCUCCAGUGCCCUGGCAGCCCCAGAAGUCCACAGCCAAUGUGUCUGCCUCCUUGUCAUUCACCAGGCUCCUGUGAGGACAACAGCCUGGGCCCGGGCCUCAAUCUCAAUCGGCGGCCAAUAAGGAACCCCUCCAGAGCCCCUGCCCCCUAAUUUAUACA